AUGCACGUCGAAGAGCUCCAUCUGCAGGCUGGCGAGCUGACCCUCGGGCAGCUACGCAAAACUUGGCGACAGCGCUUGCGCCUGACCCUGGAUGAGUCGUCUUGGCAGCGUUUGAGCGAAGCUCGGCGGACCAUCAGCCGCACCCUCGAGGCCGGCCGGGUGACCUACGGCGUCAAUACCGGUUUUGGCCGGAUGGCCCAAACUCGUAUUGCUGCCGAUCAACUCGGGGCGCUGCAACGCAACCUGUUGCUCUCGCACGCUACCGGGGUUGGCGAGCCGCUCGACGACGCCACGGUUCGACUGAUCCUGCUGCUGAAGAUCAACGGCUUGGCCCGUGGCCAUUCCGGAGUGCGGCCCGAAGUCAUUCGCGCCCUGCUGGCGUUUCUCGAGCACGACCUGCUGCCGGUGAUUCCGGCUCAGGGGUCGGUGGGCGCCUCGGGCGAUCUGGCGCCGCUAGCCCAUCUCAGCCUGCCAUUGCUAGGCGAGGGCCAGGUGCGGCUCGAUGGGGAGCCGCUCGAAGGCGGCGAAGGCUUGCGCAGGAUCGGCCUGGCGCCACUCGAGCUCGAGGCCAAAGAGGGGCUGGCCCUUCUAAACGGCACCCAGGUUUCGACCGCCUUGGCGCUGGUCGGUCUGUUCGGCGCUGAGCGCAGUGCUUCGGCGGCGUUCACCGCCGGGGCGCUGUCGGUCGAAGCAGCGUUGGGCAGCCGGGUGCCCUUCGAUGCUCGGAUCCACCAGCUGCGGGGUCAGCCGGGGCAGAUCGCCGCCGCGGAGAUCUACCGCCGGCUACUGGAUGAGAGCGAGAUCGGGAAGUCGCACCUCGACUGCGAUCGAGUCCAGGAUCCCUAUUCGCUACGCUGCCAGCCGCAAGUGAUGGGCGCUUGCCUGGAUCAAAUGGCUAGUGUCGCGGCGAUCCUCGAGCGUGAGAGCAACGCGGUGUCGGACAACCCGCUGGUCUUCCCAUCGAGUGAUGAGAAUGGGCUUGGCGAGAUCCUUUCGGGGGGCAAUUUCCAUGCCGAGCCGGUGGCGCUGGCUUCUGACAAUCUGGCGCUAGCGAUCGCCGAGAUCGGCGCCUUGGCCGAGCGUCGAGUGGCGCUCCUGAUCGACUCGUCGCUGAGCCAGCUGCCGCCCUUCCUGGUCGAGGAGGCGGGGCUGAACUCGGGUUUCAUGAUCGCGCAUGUCACCGCCGCCGCCCUGGCCAGCGAAAACAAGAGCCGCGCCCACCCGGCCAGUGUCGACAGCCUGCCGACCUCGGCCAACCAGGAAGACCACGUCAGCAUGGCCACCUUCGCCGCCCACCGGCUUGGGGCGAUGAACGCCAACACCCGGCGGAUUGUCGCCAUCGAACUGCUCGCUGCUUGUCAGGGUCUCGAUCUGCGGCGCCCGUUGCACAGCAGCGAGUCGCUGGAGCGAGCUUUCGAGUGUGUUCGCAAGGUGGCUCGCCGGUGGGACCGGGACCGCUUCUUCGCCCCCGACAUCGAGGCGGUGGCCGAGCUGGUCGAUGGGCAGGUCUUCGGCGACCUGGUUGGCAGCUUCGUCGAUCCGGUGUAG